UUUAACGUUUUUACCCUAUUACGUUCAAGCUGCAAGAUUCAUUAGAAAUGUCCAGUAUAAUUCGUGCCUGCAACACCUAUCCAAUAUCACAUCUACAUCCUCGUGCUUCUCCCUCUCCUCAACUUCGUGUCCCGUAGAUAGAUUUGGUUCAAUAUCAACAACAGUCACCUGGAAUUUAGUUCCAGUUGACCUCUCGUCAUCAUCAGAUUUGACAAAUUCAACCAAGCUUUCCAUUGAAUCUUCGGAUAAUCAAUUUUGUCUUUCAAGUGGAAAUACGUCAGCCCCUGGAGAAAUUCAAGUUUGUCCGUGCGAUAAAAGUGCCUCGCAAAUCUGGAAAAUUAAAGGCGAUGGUUUGAUUAAUAGCGAAAGUAGUGGGAAAUGUCUAUCUAUGAGUGGGAACAAGUUCGGAUUGGAUGAUUGUAACCUUAAUUCUACGUCAAUGUCCUGGAAAUAUUAUCACGUUGCGCCUAAUGCUGUUAAUGUUUAUGCAAAUACCUUCUUUUCCGGAAAACUUUCUCAACUUCAUGUUGGCACUUACAAUUCCGAACAACUUACUG